AUGAAGCGCGGCUCAAGCAGCUUGCUAGUAGGACUUGAGUCGCUUGAGUUACACGGCAGUUCUGUUGCCUUGCGCCACGGCAACGUCGAUUUACACUUGCGUGAUGCGCAGCCUCUAGCUAAUCUCAAAUUCGCAAGGCUUUUCGCGUACAUACCAAGAUAUGUUGCAACAUAUGUACUGCGGUCCAAUGCCAGCCUGGAGCGCCUCGAGCUUGGAAUGCUGGACGCUCCAAAGCUUGGCGGUGUCGGCAUAGACUCGGUUGACAACCUCAACUUUGACGGACAAAAUACUUACAUGACUGGUGUCAUUCCUCGGUCAUUAGGUGGCUUCUUUUCUGAUUGCUCCCCAUCAUUUCGAAACCUGAGGUAUCUGCACUUGUGCCAACCUUGCAAUAGUCGGGGAGAUUACUUCAAUCAGAUGAAUGCCUGGUCAGCAUGUGCGGAGAAGACCGCUCUGAAAUCCUGGGAAAAUAUCUUGAUAGCCUCACGUCAAUCACUUGAGACCUUGGUGAUCGACCAAAGGCCUGGGGCUGGUGUGGAAGAUAACGAAGGGUUCUCGGAGGAAGAAUUCCUAAACAGUGGUACCUCUGGCAUCGGCAACAAAGCGUUUAUCGACUCAAUCGGAAGUAUGCUCACCAGUGAAUCAGACCUUCCUAGGUUGAGCCAAGUGUAUCUGUAUGGGUUCAUAGUCAGAUCUCCUCUCCGAAGGAUGCCAUCUGAGGAAACUCCAGGGGACACGUUUCUGCAUGACCUCGAAAGACGAGGUGUUAGAUGUGAAGCCAGGAGAGGGAAAUGGUGCCUGUUCGAUCAGGAGUCAGGAACUGCAUCAUGGGCGAAAUGGAAUGGAGACGGAUGCAGCAACCUUCACGACGAGUAUAUGGGAGUUAGAUGGUACACUGUUUUAGCCAAUACGUGA